UCGGCGGGCUUGGCUCUCCCGCGGCAUCGCAGCAUCUCUCCCAGCGGCGGUGGCUGCGCAGCCGCCCGCCUUGCCUGGCUCCCUCCCUCCCUCCUUCGCCUCCGCCCCACCCCGCGCGCCAAGCACCAACCCUUUUCUCCCCCUUCUGCUUUUUUAUCGCUCGGGCGGUUGUUAUCUGGCUCAUUGUUCCUGAGACAAGAGCCCGGAGACCAGCAUGGAUGAUCCGGACCAAUCCCCCCUGGUUUCUUCUACCACGGCCGCUCCAGAGCAGGACCGGCGGCAACCGCAGCAGCCUCUUUUCCAGUACCAGUUUGUGAGGGACCCGGAGAACGAGGAGGAGGAGGAGGACGACGACGAGGAAGACGAGGAAGACCUGGAUGACGAGCAGCUGGAAGUGAGGGAGAGGAAGCCCGCCGCUGCGCCUACGGCCCCUCCGGCGCCCUCCUCCGCCCCGCCGCUGGUGGACCGGGGCGCCUCUGGGGAGCAGCCACCCAGCCCGCCCCCAUUCCCCCAGCCCGCUUGGGUCUCUCCCGUCGUCUCUACCACUACCAGCCCAGUCACUGCUGCCGCCUUCGAGGACGCCCCUAAGGGGGAGAAGGAGAGGGAGCCUCCCCGCAGCGCCCCGCUGCCACCUCCGCACUGGGAAGAGCCCCGCGCACCCGCCAUCCCUCCCCGGAGCGCCCCGCUGCCCCCCAAGCGAGAGGAGCCCCCGGUCGCCAAGAAGGGCGCCGCCCCAGUCUCUCCCGAUGAGACACUUUUUGCUCUUCCUGUUGCAUCUGAACCUCUGAUGCAUUCUUCUGCAGACAAAGGUAUGGACUUGCAAGAACAACUGGGUCAUGCAUGCUCAGCCAGGCAAGAAGAUUUUGCUGCUGCCUCUCUUGAUGCUACUGCUUCUCUUCCCUCCCUCUCUACUCUUUCAGUCAAUCCUUUUAAAGAGUAUGCGGCUCUUGAUACAUUAUCAGAUGAACUAUCUGCAAAACAUAGUUACAGUCAAAUUGGAAGUGAUGUGUUUAAACUUACUACCCAGACUGCACAAAACCCAUUCCUUGCAGAUGAUGGCAAUGAAUUUGCAAAUGUGAAACCUUCAUACUCUGCGGAUCAUUCAUUCUGCCUAUUUCAGACUAAGGAACCAUUGGAUGCUAAAAUAAUUCCUGAUACAAAAGAAUUACCCGUAUGCCAACAGGAUUUUUCUCUAGAAUCACCUGUUGAAUUAUUUGUAGAGCAAGAUAAAAAAGAGUAUCUUGAAGAGGAGAAGCAUGCUAUCUAUGAUCAUGGUGAAAAUAUAACUUUAAUUGAUAAUCAUUAUUCAAGAGAUGAAUAUGCAGAUUUAAAGCCUUUUGAACUCUCCUGGGUUAGUAAUGAAAGCAGUAAUUUUAAGGAUGUAUCUGAGAAUGAGAUAGACAAGAAAUUAGAAAGUAUUGCAGACAAAUACAUCAAGGAAGCUAAAAUUCUGCCUGCCCACAAAGUCAUUGAAAAAGAGAAUGAAAGCAGCAAUGAAGCUAUUUCUUUCCCCAGUAUUCCAGAAGCUUCAAAGGAAUCUUCACAGUCUUAUAUUACUUGUACAGAAUUUGAACCAUCAGAUAAAAUUGAGAACAACAUGGUUACAUCUCUCCCUCUAACAGAGGAAAAGGCAUAUGAAAAUAAAACAGAUGAAAAAAAGAUAGCAGAAAUGAUGGACCAAUUUGGCAGUACCCAUAUUGAUUUGACAAGUGGCCAAGAGCAGAAAGUUGAUUCAAAGACAGAAGAGAUUCUGUUGAAGAAGGUCUCUGAUACUAAUGUCCCUGAAGGCUUAACUCCAGAUUUGGUUCAAGAAGCUUUUGAGAGUGAACUACAUGAUGUAAUUAGUCCCAAGCUUGCUUAUGAAAAAAAGAUUGAUUUGGUUCAAACAUCUGAGUUAUCACAAGAGUCUUUGAAUGUUGCUGUACAGCUCUGUCCUUCCUUUGAAGGAGGGUCUGAAACAUCUCCAUCCCCUAUCUUACCAGACAUUGUUAUGGAAGCACCAUUAACUGCAAACUCUGCUGUGGUUGGAGGGCCUCUUGGGCAGCUUGAAAUAUCCCCACUUGAAACGUUCACUGCUGAGGAUGAAUAUGAGAACGAUUAUGAGAAUGUAUUACAGAAAUCUGAGAAGCCUCCAUCUUAUCAGGAAGCAACAAAAGUACCAGUAAUCCAAGCAAAAGAAGUCAUGGUUGAAGCUUCUAAGAAACCUGAAAAUGAGAGUAACCCACCUCUGGAAGAUUUAGAUACUUCAUAUAUAUCAAUUGCAUGUGAUUUAGUUAAAGGGACUAAAAUACCUUCAUCAGAGUUCACAGAAUAUUCGAAAACAAAAACCACAGAGUGUGUAUUGCAACCUGUGCCUGAGUACAGUGAGCAUCUUGAAAGGAACUCAUUGCCAUCUGACAAAAGCUAUUCAUUUAGUAGUCAACCAGACAUUAAUCUUGUGCAGAAAGAAGCAGCUGUGAAAGUGUCAUUAUUUGAAACAGCUACUAAUAUUAUAUCAAAUGGAGCCCAGAAAGAAAUAUACAAAGAAGUACAAUCUUCUCUUAGUGAACCCUACUUGGAGUCAUUCCAGCCUCAACUGGAAACUUCAAAAAAUGAACCAACUACUUGGUGUUUGGAAGCUGAGGCUGCAGAUCUAGCUAAGAAAGAAAAGGCUCCACAGCAACAUAUGGAAGAACUUGGUGGGUAUAAUGAUGGUUUUCCUGUUUUUAAGGAACCCAUAGUGAAAGAAAAAAUUGUGCUGUCUGCACAGUCCUCUCCAGAGGCAGAUGGCACAGUCCCUUAUCAAGUUGACAACCUGAUGAGAAGUACCGGAGAUAUAUUAAAGGAGAAUGAAAGUAAAAGGCCUUGUGAAACUCUUCAAGCUGAGCUGAUACCACCUGCUUACCAAGAAGUAGCACAGGACUUGUCUCUAAAAAACAUACAUAUGAAAUUUGAAGAGCAGGAUCUUUCUUUGGAAAAAUCCUCUGAAGACCUGGGCAGAGAAGCAGCUAAGGAGGAUUUCCCCCCAACUGAUGUUACUCCUUUUCCCUCAGAGAAAAAAGUAGUCGAUGUAAGAAAGGGAGCUGAGAGCCAAGAUGUUUCAGUUAAAGAAAAGGAGAAACCCAUUUCUAUGUUUCCGUCAAAGCUGAGUGAGCCUUCAGUGGUUGACCUCCUAUACUGGCGAGACGUUAAGAAGACUGGUGUGGUGUUUGGAGCCAGCUUGUUCCUGCUUCUUUCUUUAACAGUGUUCAGUAUCGUGAGUGUGAUUGCUUAUAUUGGCUUGGCCCUCCUGUCAGUGACCAUCAGUUUUAGAAUAUACAAAGGAGUUAUCCAAGCAGUCCAGAAGUCAGAUGAAGGCCAUCCCUUUAGUGCUUACUUGAAUAGAGAUGUCACUGUGUCUGAGGAGCUUGUUCAAAAAUACAGCCAUGUUGUGCCUGGUCAUCUCAACAACACAAUUAAGGAACUCCGGCGCCUAUUCCUAGUGGAUGAUUUGGUGGAUUCUCUAAAGUUUGCAGUAUUGAUGUGGGUGUUUACCUACGUUGGUGCCUUGUUCAAUGGUUUGACAUUGCUGAUACUAGCGCUGAUAUCACUUUUCAGUAUUCCUGUUAUUUAUGAGAAGCACCAGACUCAAAUUGACCAUUAUGUGGAACUUGUAAACAAGAAUGUGAAAGAUGGAAUGGCAAAGGUUCAAGCUAAAAUUCCUGGACUGAAGCGUAAAACUGAAUGAAAUCACGAAGCAACUUUUAUUAAAACAAAUCAUCUUUUAAGUGGGGAUGGGAGGCAUAUUCAUUUGGAUUAUAUGGGGAGGGUCAGGGAAUAGCAAGCCUUGACAUUGCAGUGCAAUUUCACAGAUCUUUAUUUUUUAGGAACAGUGUUUCAGAGGGAGGAAAUAACCUGUUCUUGACUGCUGUGUGUAUGUCCAUCCUAAGUAUUGUAAGCUGCUACAUAUGGAUUUAAACCUAAUCCUGUUUGCUUCUCCCAUAUGCAGCACAGCUUAACCUAACCAGUUGGAGAGCUGUACAUUUUAUGCUUUGGCCAAGAAUAGUCUUGUCGUUGUUUCAAGAGGGGUUAGUGUAUGGAAAACAUUUCCUUUAGCACUGUCUCUGGUUUGUGUUGAUUGAUUGCAGAUUUUCUAAAAUGAAAUGUUUAGAAUUUGCCAUUAAAGCAAGCUUGAAAGGUCUUGCCUUUUUGUUAUCAAGUUUAGCUGUACUGUGCUUUUAAUUCUACUAUUUUAUCAAUUGCCAAUAUAAAAUUAAAUAUAUAGUGUGUCACAGCUGCUUAGGAUGUCCAGCUCCUCCAUAGUGAUUGAAAUACUAGAUAAAUGAACUGAGGUUUUUUUUUGAGCUCCUUAAUACUGUAUAUUAGCUUAAAUUUUCAGAAAAAAACUAGUACCUAUUAAAACCAACUCUGCACAUUACAGUUUCUGCCAUCUCCUUUGCUGCACAAACUCCUAUAGUCUAUUUUAAGUAAACAACUUUACAGUUCUCAAACUCUGAAUCUGUGGAAUGAAUUUCUGAUGGUGUGAUCCUCAGAUCCUUGCAGGCAGAACAAGGAACCCUCAGCAUGCUUGUUUUCCAUUGUGCUUGGAAUCUUCAGCAUCUGUGCAUGGGUCAGUGGAUUGUACCCUGAUGCUGCAAAUGCGAUUUGGACAUUUCAAAUACAUGUGGGGUUUAAGCUGUAUUGAACUAUGUCUGUGGGAUGCAUUGUGAAAUGUAAAAAGAAAAUGAUUUUGAGUUAUCAAUAAAGUGUAUGGACUCAUAUGAUGUGUAAAUCUGAUUGCACUUAAUAUGCUAUAUCAUCAUGCUUCACAACUCAGCGUAAGGAGCAAUGUCACUAAAAAUGAUUUAUACCCAA